CUCCACAGUAUGCUGCCUGCUCUAUAUGUGGCACUGGAGCUGCUUAAGGAAUCCAGUCCAAAUGUUUUCCAUAUUAGUUCAGAGCCUUCUCUGUUUCCAAAUAGCUGCCGAGUUGGGUUUUAUGGUGAGAGGAGGCCUCAGCAGGGAGGGGAAAAGAGGGGGAGAGAGGCAGACGGCAGGCAGGCAGGCUCAGCCACCCAAAACAGUACAGUAAAAGUCGUAAGUACAGAGAGGGGAAAGAGUUUGAAGACAAGAGGAAAAAUGAGGCAGGGGCAGAAAGGUUCCUCAGACAUGGAGGGCAAGAAGAAGAGAGAUGAAAGCCCAGCGCCAACGGACGGCCAUAAGUGCAGAUUCUUUCGCUUCCCUUUGCUCGUCGCCACGCUCCAGCUGCUGUUGGGGGUGGCUGUCACAGCCGUGGCCUUCCUUAUGAUGGCCAUCAGCCCCUCGCUCCUGGCCAGGGAGACGCCACACUGGGCUGGGAUCAUUCUGUGUUUGGUCGCCAUCGUUGGCUUUGUCCUGUACUUUCUCCACUACCUCCCUGAUGAGAGGUCAUCUAUGCAAUUCUUUGUUAAGCUCCUGUACUUUGUCCUGUGUGCAAUUGGCCUGGUCAUUUCAGUGCUGGUUAUGGCGUUUGCUGGACACCACUACUCACAAGCCAAUAGCUUCACCUGUGAGCAGGUGGGAGAAGACUGCGAGUGCAAGCUGGAGCCAGAGGACCCGAUAGCUCGCACCUUCACCUACGAGGGAGUCAGUGACUGUGAGGUGAUCAAUGGGACGCUCACACUCUACUUCCUGCUCCAGAUUGUGCUGAACCUGGUACAAGCACUCGUCUGUGCCGUCGGUGCCUUCAUCCUAUGGAAAGACCGCUACCAAGUCUUCUUCGCUGGUCUGCAGAUUGGAUCUCCCUCCUUCCAGCAGUGGCAGAAGGUUUAAUGUCAUGACCAUGGCAGGUCAGGAUGAAGAAAUGACACUGUUAAGGACAGGGACAUUUGCCUUUUUGGUGUGCGCCUAUGUGUGUUUUCUUUUAUGUCGGUUCAUAUUUGUUUUUUUGUGGUGGUUGUAUUAUAAUGGCUUUUUGUACGAAUUUUGUAUAUUAUGUAACUUUAUACUUCCAGUUGCCACUGUUAUGAAAAUCCAUAAUAUAAAUAGAUGAAGAGGAAAAAACAACUGAUCUGUUUUUGAAAAACAUUACCACAUAUUAAUGUUUCACAAUGUUCAAACAAUCUUAACAUUUGCUCCUAUGCAGCUUAUAUACAAUUGUAACACAAGACAAUUUAUAAGCAUAAUAUUGAAAACAACAUAAACUCCAAAACUCUAGGUCUCGCAAAAUCCCCUUUAGUUUGAGUUACUGAGAUUUAAUAAUCAUGAUCUUUUGCUGCAGUGAUGCUUUAGGAGGCACACUGAAUCACUGUGUUGUCAAAUUACGGCUUGCAAAUGUUAAAUGGUACUGCUUUAUGUUUUGGAAAACUGCUUUUCUCACAGUAAAAAAGAUCACAUACUGAGGCUACAAUGUCAGUGCAAGAUCCCCUUUAAUCUGAAUUACAUGAAAAAAUAGCACACACUUUAUUAGUUUAUUGUUUUACAACCAGGAAAUCACAUUAUUUUGAAGUUUUUAACUAUAUAUUCUUUGCAGCUGUCUGCUGUUAUACAAACAAACAUUUAAAAAAGCAAUCGGGUGAAUUAUUUCCAUGAAUAACCUGCUUUGUGUCAUUUGCUACUCUUAAAUCUUAUGCAGAUUCGUGAAUAUUUUGUGUAAAGUCCUUGAUGAAAAACAAGAGUAAAGUAUUUUAAACCCUGUAAUACUUCAAAAAGUCCAGUUACAUGCACCAAAAACUGAUCCUGACAGCAGACACACAACCCAGGCAGACAUAAGUCUGGAUCCAGACUGGGGCUCAGAGCUGGGCUGUGGCUUGCGAAGGUGGAUGCCAGGCCACUAGCCAGCAUGACUCAAACAGCCUGUAGGAGUCAAACUACUGCCGCCACAAAAGGGAGGGAGAACGGGCUGGGGUGAGGAAAGGGGGACUCAGACAGGCAGCUGGACUGUGGCAUUCAAAUCAUCUCAGUCUGUUUGCAGGAUGGAGGAAAGCCACAAAACAACCACAUUUAUUUUUGGUUUGCAUUUUAAAAACAAGCUUGACUUGCCCAACCUUAUAAAGAGUUUAAGUUUAAUUUUAUUCUUACUCUUCACAGCAGUCACCUACAGUAAACAUGCUGAGCAGAGAAUGGUGAAUGUUAGGUAAUUUCCGUUGCAAAUUAAGUGGCACAUGUACCCAGAGGGAGGAUGUAACAAGUGUGCAGUGUUACAUCUACUUUGUCAAUGAUGGAAAAAAGGUUGACUGACUGGGGGAUUAUAAAUAUGACUUAUUUUUCACAGAAGUCGUACACGUCUUGAUUAGGAACUGAGCGUUUCAUCUGGAUAGAGAUGCAAAUAAGUGCAUUUCCUCUUUCAUGACUGUCAUAUUGUUUGUGGUUACAAAUACACAUCUUUGUGUCAGUCAUGUGCAGUUUUCUUUUUCUUGUUUUGUCACCAUACAUAUACAGAGAAGCAGCCAAAUCAGACCCAGAACGUCAGUCAUAUUCAAAUGAAUGGAUUUGCUUCUGCAACUAAUUGCAUUAUUAGUCGUAGUAAAGAUUGAAAGCUGAGCACAAAGAGAGCAUCUCUAUCUUUGCAUCCUCCAAGACAUGCUCAAACGCAAUAAACUGUACCUAAACAUG